AUGGAUCUGCCGAGUCUCGCGGCGACGCCGCGCCAGCAGGUCCUCCCGUAUGGCCGUGUCGUGAACUUUUCUGCCGGUCCCGCCUGCAUGCCGAUUGAGGUCUUGCUUGAGGCUCAACAGGAGUUCGUCAACUGGCGCGGCUGCGGCAUGAGCAUUAUGGAAAUGAGUCACCGCGGCAGGUACUAUCUGAAGAUGAUGGAGGAGACUAAGGGGCGGUUGGCAUCGCUCCUGCACUUGCCUCAGAGUCACCAUUUGCUCUUCAUGCAGGGCGGCGCGACGCUGCAGUUCGCCGCCCAGCCUCUCAACAUGCUGCGCGGCCUCGGCGACUCCGCCGACUACGUCGUCACGGGGACGUGGAGUCAGUACGCGCUCAAGGAGGCGAGCAAGUUCGGCAAGAUGCGCGUAGCGGCGGAGAAUACGGCGAAUGGAUUCGUUGAUCUGCCGCCAGUCAAAGAAUGGACUCUGAACCCCAAUGCCGCCUACGUGCACUACUGCGACAACGAGACGGUGCAUGGGCUGGAGUUUCCUCGGACGCCAGAUCUCUCGAAGGCGCGCGCGACGCGCAUCCGCCUGACGUCUGACAUGUCCUCGAACUUCUGCAGCAGGCCCAUCGACAUCGAUGCGCAUGCACUCAUCUACGCGGGCGCGCAGAAGAACAUGGGGCCUGCCGGCGUCACCGUCGUGAUCGCGCGCGACGACGUACUCGGGAAAGAGCUCGCGACGUGCCCGGCGAUGUGCAGCUACGGGCUCUGCUGCAAGGCAGACAGCGCGCUGAACACGCCGCCGGUCUUCGCGGUCUACAUGGUGGGCCUUAUGAGCAAAUACAUUCAGGAGCGAGGCGGCCUGGAGACUUGGAGCCGCGUGUGCGAGGCGAAGGCGCAGCGGCUCUACGAGGUGAUUGACGCCAGCGAGAACUUUUACGUUUGUCCCGUCAAAAAAGACGCGCGCUCGCGCAUGAACGUCCGCUUCCUCGUGGCGGGCGCUUCCGCUGAACGCGCGGAGGACGGCGCGGACGCGCAGGGAUGCAGCGCGGUGAAAGAAAACGAGGCGCUAAAGAAGAAAUUCCUCAGAGAGGCGGAGGAACGUGGCUUGUAUCACCUGGCGGGUCAUCGAGCCCUUGGAGGCUGCCGCGCGUCCCUCUACACCGGAAUGCCCAACGAAGGAGUCGAGGCGCUUGCGGCAUUUAUGAAGGAAUUCGCUGAGGAGAACAGCGAGGCGUAA